GAUCCCCUUGCCCAACUCUCAAGCUCCGAGAAGCAGCCUCCAUGUAUUUCACACUGGUUGCCGCCUUCCUGGUCGUCUUGGUGGUUGCCCUGCACGGCACGGACCCAAGAGAGAACAACUUCCUCUACAGAGUGCCCCUGGAUCCCCAAGGUCUCUUAGAGCUCUCAUGGAAUGUCAGCUACUGCCAGGAGGAAGUACAUUUCCAGAUCUUGGCCAGGGAGCUGAAAUAUGGGAUCCUUUUCGGCAUGUCAGACCGAGGAGGCUUUCAAAACGCAGAUCUGGCCGUCCUGUGGAGCGAUGGGCACCAAUCCUAUUUCGCGGAUGCAUGGAGCGAUCAGGAUGGUCGGCUCCACAUAGACAGCCAACAGAACUACAAGCUCCUCAGCGCACAUAAAACUGCUGAGGGACUCUCCCUGCUCUUUAAAAGAGCUUUCAGUACCUGUGACCCAAAGGACUAUCUCAUAGAGGAGGGCACCGUGCACCUUAUCUAUGGGAUUCUGGAGAAGCCCGUCCUCUCCCUCCAGGCCAUCGACAUGUCCGCCAUCCUCCGGAAAGGCCUGCAACGGGUGCAGCUGCUGAAACCCUCCAUUAAGAUUCCCACGCUGCCUGGCAACCUGAAGACCAUGGAGAUCCGGGCUGCCGAUGUGGAGAUCCCCAGCCAAGAGACCACUUACUGGUGCUCCAUUCAGGAGCUUCCGGACAACUUCCCAAAGCAUCACAUUGUUAUGUAUGAACCAGUGAUCACAGAGGGGAAUGAAGCUCUCGUCCACCACAUGGAGGUCUUCCAGUGCACUGCACAUUUCAACACUUUCCCCCAUUACAAUGGGCCUUGCGACUCCAAGAUGAAGCCAGAGCGGCUGAAUUACUGCCGGCACGUGCUGGCGGCCUGGGCAAUGGGCGCGCAGGCUUUUUACUAUCCAGAAGAGGCAGGUCUGGUAUUUGGGGGUCCCGGCUCCUCCAGAUAUAUGCGCUUGGAAAUUCACUACCACAAUCCCCUGGAACUCAAAGGCCGCCAUGAUUCCUCAGGGAUCCGCUUGUAUUACACAGCCUCUCUCCGGCGUUAUGACGCAGGGAUCAUGGAGCUGGGCUUGGUGUAUACACCAGGGAUGGCAAUUCCACCCGGCGAAAGCCAUUUUUACCUGACAGGCUACUGCACUGACAAAUGCACCCAGCUGGCGUUGCCCCCUUCUGGCAUCCACAUCUUUGCUUCCCAACUUCACACCCACCUGACCGGUAGGAGCGUGGAGACCGUGUUAUCACGAGGAGGGCGAGAAGUGGAAAUUGUGAACAUCGACAGGCACUACAGUCCUCACUUCCAGGAGAUCCGCAUGUUAAAGAAAGUGGUGUCUGUUCUCCCGGGUGAUGUUCUGAGAACUACCUGCGUGUACAACACUGAAGACAGGACUCAAGCGACUGUGGGCGGUUUUGGAAUCAUGGAAGAGAUGUGUGUGAAUUAUAUCCACUACUACCCUCAGACGGAGUUGGAGCUGUGUAAAAGUGCCGUCGAUUUGGGCUACCUACAUCGCUAUUUUAAUCUAGUGAACAGGUUUAACAACGAGGACGUCUGCACAUGCCCAGAGGCCUCUGUCACACAGCAGUUUGCGUCAGUCCCUUGGAAUUCUUUCAACAGAGAUGUCCUGAAGUCCCUGUACGACUUUGCACCCAUUUCUAUGCACUGCAAUAAAUCCUCAGCAGAACUUUUCCCGGGCGAAUGGGAACAUCAGCCUUUACCGAAGAUCACCGAGGCGCUACCAGAGCCACAGUCACGCUGCGAGUCCAGCCUCCUCCACCUCCCUGCAUCUCCAACUCUGGUUAAGCUUGACAAGGCGGCUUCGAAAUGAGACCCAGACCCUUAGGCUACGUACACACCACACAUUUAAAGCACUGCCCCCCCCAAGAAUCUUGGGGGCUGCAGCUUGCUAAGAGUGCUGGAAAUGGUAGCUCUGUGGAGGGGAACUACAGCUCCCAGGAGUCUUGUUCGGAGGGGGAAUGUGCUUUACAUGUUUGGUGCAUCUGCAACAGACAGCUUUAAUUCCAGUAAAAGGACAGCAGGGCAAGUUUUGACCCAGCUACGAUUUCUCUGCCAAUGCAGCAGGCAGGCCUCUACACAACCAGUUUUUUUGAGGGGUAGGGGUGUUGAAGCUCUGCUCAGGAGUUAGAACAAGGCCACAGAA